AUGCCCAGUGACGCCUUGGACCGCAUCCACCCGGACCUGGUGGACCUAAUCAUUCGUCUCCAGCUCCUUCCUCCCAGAGAGUCUGGCUACGCAGAGGCCAACCUGGCAAGGAUCUGUAAUCUUGCCAUUGAACUUGCGGACCCAUACGAGCAGGCUCUUCUAGUCUCGAGGAUCAUACCAGAGGAGGAGCUUGCACUCGAACGACUACGCAGCCCUGAGGUAAAGGACCUCACUCAUCGAGUUGUGUUGGAUCGCGCCGAGAGGAAAGCUGCUCUUGAAGAGCACGAAUAUGUACCCACAUCAGGAUUACCCCAAGAGUGCCUCAUCUGUACUGAGACCGCCCAUCUCAGGAUCCCUUGUGGUUGCUACUAUUGCAUGUCUUGCUUCCGCAUGGCUAUCUGCCGUGGUCUUCGCUCCCAAGAAGAAUUCCCUCCCCGGUGCUGCAAGCCUUUUAACGACGCGGUCGUUGCGUUUGCGGGGUCGCCUGCUCUUGUCCAUCUAUUCCGCCAGAUGAAGGAAGAAGCCGACACUCCGAUCCACGAUCGCCUCUACUGCUACAACGGACACUGCGCCGCUUUUAUCCCACCGGAUUGUAAAGGAUCAUGUCUUAUCUGCCACCGCAAAACAUGUGUCGAAUGUUUCGAAAAGGCCCACCCAGAUCGUCCCUGCGAACAAGGGGACGCAGAAGAAGAUGUAUGGGCUAUGAUGGAUAAGAACAAGACGGUCAACUGCCCAGGAUGUGGUAGGAUGGUCGAGCUGUUGGAGGCGUGCAACCAUAUGACAUGUGUCUGCGGCAAACAAUUCUGCUAUCUCUGCGGCAAUACCUGGUUGUCUUGCAAUUGUCCACCCUAUGGCCAUUUCCAUAGAAUGGUGCCCAUGAAACAUCGCCCUGGCGUCAAGCCACCGCAGUUCCGUCGUCGCCGUCAGCAUCGCACGGAGGAAUCGGCAUCGGAGAACGCCCCUGUGAGGAUCCCGCAGCUGCGACCUCGGGCCGGAGAAGAGAACCGUGUCCCGGCCGCCUCAGCGACGAGAAAGAGAGUGAUCAGGCCAUUGGUGCUACCGCAGCAGAUUGACAGACAGCACGAGCGUGAACGACAACAGCGGCAGCGGCAAAGAGAGCAAGCCCCUGAACUUGUUCAACAUCCACUUCGAGUUAGAGGGCAGAGGGGGAUUCACGGGCGUGGAAACGCUGUGGAGUUAUUACAAGAUGAUCGUUUCGUGGCCCAACAGGAGCCUCGAGAGGCUAACCGACCGGAUGAUGCGCAUCGCCACCACCACCACCAUCACCACCACCAUCACCAUCGCCGACAACGAGAGACGCAGCUUAUACCAGUGGGCCUUCCGGCACCCCUUGCUGGCAUGCUGUUAGGCCCCGGAAUCCAUGGGCGAAUGCCGGCCAACGAUGGAGCCCCCGGACUCAUGGUGCCAAGACGCCUGAUAGACCGGCAUCAAAACAACCCUCGCCAUCAACACGACGAUUCACGGGUCGCACGUGAACUAGAACGAGGUAUACAAGUAGAGCAAGCACCGCAAGGACAACCCCCCGCCCAACCCCAAGGCCGGGCUGCAGGAGAACGAAACCUUGACCCUGCGGCGGCGAGAGAGCAAGAACGCCGCCAAUUGGCCUUGGCGACAGAGCGAAUGCGUCAAGUGAACAGGGCGACACAGCAGCGACUUGAAAAUCUGCGAGAUGAACAGAAUCAGCAGAGUGGGGAGGAAUCUGACACAGAAGACUCAGAUGAGCUUCAAGAGCAUGUUGUAAUGUCAAUUUACAAUCGUUAUUUCUUCCGUCGCGAUUGA